AGAGCCCGCCGCGUCUUUCGGCUGGAUGGGAGAUUUGCGAGGAGCCCAAGUUGUGCAGCGGCCCGGCUGGCGGUGAGGAAAAGAGGCAGUGCCCGACCGUUCCCGCUCGCUCGGGUGCCUAAAUAGCAGCCAAGAUGACUUGGAACCUCUUCAAAAAACAUCCCAAACCUGAACCCAUAAUAGCUGUUACUACAGGUACUCCAGUACCUCCUACCGCUACAGUAGCAUCAGGAAUCUCCCAUGAAAAUGCAACGCAGAAUUCAGGCCCAGUGGAGAGUACGGAGGAUACUUUUGCAAAGUUAAAAGAAAAGUUUAUGAAUGAAAUAAAAAGUAUACCUUUACCACCAUGGGCCCUGAUUGCCAUUGCUGUCGUUGCUGGAUUGUUGCUGCUGACCUGCUGUUUUUGCAUCUGCAAGAAAUGCUGUUGCAAGAAGAAGAAGAACAAGAAGGACAAAAAGGGGAUGAAAAAUGCUAUGAACAUGAAAGAUAUGAAAGGCCAGAACAAACAGGAUGAUGAUGAUGAUGGAGAUGGUGAUGAGGAAGAAGAAGAGGAAGAGGAAAAAGAACCAGAGAAUCUGGGCAAAUUGCAGUUCUCCUUAGAUUAUGAUUUCCAGGCUAACCAGCUGACUGUUGGAAUCCUCCAAGCAGCUGAACUGCCAGCAUUGGAUAUGGGAGGUACAUCUGAUCCUUAUGUCAAAGUCUUCAUACUUCCAGACAAAAAGAAGAAGUAUGAGACCAAAGUACAAAAGAAGACCCUCAAUCCAACCUAUAAUGAAACUUUUGUCUUUAAGAUUCCGUACCAAGAGCUUGGUGGGAAGACUUUGGUGAUGGCCAUCUAUGACUUUGACCGAUUUUCUAAGCAUGAUAUCAUUGGGGAAGUCAAGGUACCCAUGAAUACUGUGGACUUAGGACAACCCAUUGAAGAAUGGAGGGACCUAGAGAGUGCAGAAAAAGAGGAGCCAGAGAAAUUGGGAGACAUCUGCAUCUCAUUACGAUAUGUACCCACUGCUGGGAAAUUGACUGUCUGCAUACUGGAGGCCAAGAAUUUGAAAAAGAUGGAUGUUGGAGGACUUUCUGAUCCUUAUGUGAAAAUUCAUCUGCUGCAGAAUGGCAAAAGGCUUAAGAAGAAGAAGACUACAGUCAAGAAGAAGACCCUGAACCCUUAUUUCAAUGAAUCUUUCAGCUUUGAAAUUCCCUUUGAGCAGAUACAGAAAGUGCAAGUUGUAAUUACUGUCCUGGAUUACGACAAGUUGGGAAAGAAUGAAGCCAUUGGAAAAGUCUUUGUUGGCAACAAUUCCUCAGGCACUGAGCUCAGGCACUGGUCUGACAUGCUCGCCAACCCUCGCCGCCCCAUUGCCCAAUGGCACUCCUUGAAACCUGAAGAAGAGGUGGAUGCAGCUCUUGGGAAAAACAAAUAGGCAGCUCCAUUUUCCAACAUCACCUAAUGAACAUUCAAAGUGAUCCAGAGCUAUCAAUACCUCAGUUAGGCAACAUUUAGUUUUUGUUCUCUUCUUUAAGCUGCAACACUCUUUCUUUGAUGGCUGCAAAGGAAUCCAGGUGAACUCAAGAGUAUCCAGGAGGAAGUGGUUUAAAAGCAUGGUGGUUCCUUCUUUUCAUAUUCUUCCAAGUAGUUGGUUUGCUGCAUGUUCCACCAUCUCUCUGUGUUAUUCUCUUCAAGUGUACAGCAAGCUUUUUACUUGGGUCUUUCUGAGCCCACCACAAAUAACAGCACAAAACAGCUUUGCUUUUGCUUGUUUUGGGAGUUUCCUCCUUAAAUGAGACCUUGUGCUACAGGAUGAUACCAGAGCCUGAAAAUGUGAGAUGAUGAGAUACACUGUGCUUGCUUUGGGGGGGAGGGGAAAGGAAGCAAGGUGUAUGAAAAGGCACUCCUGAAAAACGGAAUUUAGUGAGGUUUGGCCAUGAGCCAUCUAUCAGGAAUAUUCAGGAAAAGCAAUAUUGGCACUGGGACAUCUCUGAAGAUGUGGCUGACUGGUGGAUUAAUUCUCUGUAAUGAGAGGACUAUGGUUUGAGACAUACAAGUUGCCAAAUGAUAAUUGCCCUGUAUUAGCUACCUAACAUGGUGGGUCUUCUGUUAACCUUUGAAUGUUUUGUUCUUAAUUCGAACAAUGGAGUGGUACCAGAAGAUCAUUGGAGCAUGAAAUCUACAAAUGCUUCUGUGGAAGGCAGAGUGCAAAAUGUUCUUUUUCUUGGGGAAAAAAGCCAAACAUCAUGGGAUAUUUAUUCUAGGCUUCACGAGCUAUCAAUUUAUGUGAACAUUUCACUCUUUAUAAGAUAGUCAUCUUAUUGGUAGCAGUGCCAAGCUUAGAUGCAUCAGAAAAAAAGCUAUGUCAAAUGUCUCAGGCAGCUUUGUAAAUCAGAUAAAAAUGAUAGGCCUGGGUUGAAUUGCAAACAUUUGCUAUCAUGCCUUGUUACCGCCAUUCUUUUUUUAAAACCACAGUAGACUAAAUCUGUUGAGUGUUGCAGAUUGAUUGGUAGAAAAUGUUUAUUUUUUACGAAUUUGGAACUUAAAGGAUGUGAAGAAAAUGCUUGAGACAGAGGACUGUGUGUUUUUCUAAUGCUGAAGAGCAGGAACUUUUACAUAGGUGAUGGGUUAGAAAUAGCAGGAAGGUCCAUCUAGUGGCCAGCACAGUGCAAUAAGUAUCUUAAGGAAGUUUAAUUUUAAAAAAAAAUAAGUACCAUCGGUUGGAGACAUCCCCCACCCACCCCCAGUCACAUUUAAUUAAGGGAGCAAAGCCAGAAAUUAGUGGGAAAGUGAAUCCAUUCCAACCAAAAGACCAAAGAUUUAUCAAAAACAGCAGGGCCUUCUUCUCUUGUCUGGCUGCCAAACCAUUCAUUAUUAUUUUUUUGCUAAUCCCAGAAAGUCAAGCCAUAUUAUCUUUGUUACCUAGUGCUUGCACUGAUCUCUGGGAAAAAAAAACCCUGCCCCUGUUUUUAUGUAGUGCCCGAUACAGAUACAUUUUCAGACUGAUGGUAGUGGAAGGAGGUUAAAUGGGGGCUAGGAAGUAAGUUUUUCAAAUAAAAGCUUUUUAGAGCUAAAUAUUGAAUUAGAGUUAAUGAAAAGAGGGUGAAAUAUCAAAGCCUUGAGUCUGGAAAAGUUUGAGAGCGUAGUUUUGCUAUCAGUGACCACAGAAUUGCUUUUGUCUGGAAUGUCACUGGGGAAUAUCUGAUUGGGGUUGAUAGAAGUAAAAGAAUGGUUUCCAGUUAAGAAGCUGAGUGAGCAGAGCUCAGACCUGUAUCUGACUAGUAGUUGUGUAAGCAUAGAUGCAAUAGGAACAGAUUUUUAAAUCAGACAGUUUUCAGAGGAGCAAGAAACAGGAAAUCUAAGGUUCCUGUAUAUUCAGCAGUUUUUUUCCGACUGUACCUAUUUGUCUUGCAUCUGGUCCUAAAUUAUAACUUUAACCAUCUGCCAGCAUUGCCUUCAAGGGUUGCUUUGUCUGUGCUAGUUUUUGUUCCCUGUAAGGGCCUAACAAAAAGCAGUGUGAUAAUACAAAAAGCAUUCCAUUCUGGUUCUUCACUGAGCAGUGCUAUAUAUUCAAAGAAUAGUUUGUUUCUCAACCCCUCUUAGGUUAGAAUAUUAAAAAAAACCUUUCCAAUUAGGAGUGAAGUCAUCUUUAUCAUUGCUGCAUCAUUUAGACUGCAAAUAAGGACCAAAGUAAUCAAAGGCCGGCUUGUUCCACUUGUACAAAUCAAACUAAGAACCCAUGCCUGAAAGUGAAGCCAGAAGGAUUUUUGAGUUUCUUGUGUGAGAUCUCUUUCUUUCAAAAGAUAAGAAUUAAUGCAAAGGAUAGACAGAUUGAUACAGUUGAAAAAUAUACAAUUUGAGUUAAGAUAGUUGAUUCUAGUUCUUAAAGCAUUUCAAUCAAUAUAUUGUAGGCAUUUUGUAUUCUUUUCUACCCAUUUUCACCUGAUUAACUCACUGUACAACUAGUGAGGAGGGAAAAACAUUACCACCUGCUUAAAUGCUUCAAAAUAAGCUGCUUUGGUAUAUCCAAGCAAAGAAAGAAGAUAGUUGAAAGCUUUCUGUAUGCUUUCCCCAAAUCCCCUUUCUUGUUUAAAUUACAUCUAAGUGGCUAUAAUUUUACCUUGGUUCACUGGGUGCAUAAGUGAGCUAUCAGCUUGGAACUUUGGCCCUAACUACACAAAGGGAGUAUUGAAAUUGUUCAACACUCGCUCUGAAGAAGCUUAUGUAAUUGUUUAUAUGCUUAAUCAGAAAAAAAUAGACUUAAUAGAACUUUUCUGUGCAAAUAUGUUUGAUGCAAGCGUGUUCUACAAAGAAAAGGGGUAAGUGAAACCUGUUCCCAUUUCCCUUAUUGUGCCUCUUAGCUUUAAAUACUGCCAGCUGGCAAUGAUAGACGAUUUCAAGCAUCAUUAAUGCAUACUAGUGGAGUUCUGAAAUCAAACAUGAGUUUCGGUUUUUAAAUUUUAGACCUGCAUCUUGAGAACAGAACUACUCUAAGGUGAAACUGUUCUAAUGAGAAAGAAUGAAUCACUUUCCACUAAAAGCAAAGUUUGGCAAGUAAGGUAUCUUUCCUGGUGAGAUAAUAAACCAUUGAGGGAAUUGUCAUAUCAUGUUUAAGGUUAGCUGGAAGAAGGAAAAGUAAAUUUUGCUGAUCAUAUUAUUUUGGGGUUUUUUUUCAGAGUAAGCAGAAUUAAAAUUAGCCAUCAUCUUUUUAAAACUGCUGUGUAUGAGACUGGGGGAUGGAAGCAGUGCCCCCUAGAGAUGCCUAUAGUUUGGAUAGGGUCUGAUGGACAAAUUCUUAUUUUUGCUGUGAUCAAUUAGAACAGUGAUUCUCAAACUUGGCAACUUGAAGAUGCAUGGACUUCCACUCAAAAAAUUCUGGCAGUGGAAGUCCACACAUCUUCAAGUUGCCAAGUUUAAGUUUAAUGAACUAAAAAUAUUGUCUCCAGAGACAAUAGUCCUUUUGUCUUUCCUUUCUAUCAACAGUUGGACUGCAGAAUCCUUUCCACAGCUACAGAAUGUGGGAUCAGUUCUAGUUUUGCAUCCUCCAUUGUAUGAGUGUAACGUUUCCUCUGAGUUGCAAAAAAUAUCCCCAUCUUCAUCUUUCUGGCAUUCAUUCAUUUCUUAAGAUGCUUUUCAAGAGGUCAUUAUUUAAAGGCAGGUGUGUUAAUUCCAGUGCUAGCAAACAUGUGCCAUUUAAAUGUGUUGAUAUGUAACUUUGACCUGACCUGAAAUGAACACUUUUUAUAGAGUCCUCAAACUUAAUAUCCCUUUCUGGCUUGAUAGUUUGUAUUUAUAAGCUGUAUCCAUUAUAAAUCACUCCUUCAUUUACACUACAAAACAGAUGGCUACCUGAACUGUUUAACUGCAUUGGUGCUUAUAUCCCAGGAUAGUGCUUCUAUUUAUAUUGUUACUUUACAUUUGAUUGAUAUUUCUGCAUUGUUACUUCUACACAGAAACUGCCAAAAGAAAGACAAAAAAAGUGCUGAAAGCAAUGGCUCUGAUAGUUUUGGCUCAUUGAUUAUAUAUUGGAUGCACGUAGCAAUUCAUGUUAAAAAGUAUAGCCAGCCAGUUUGAUUGAAUCUAGCUGAAUAAUGGAAAGAAGAUUAUACUGUAAGGUGCAAGAAGGAUGCUGUACUCUCACUAGCUUAGAAUAAACAUUUGAAUAUCUUCAUUUUUAAUGGUUCAUAUGACAAAAUGGCAACUUCAUAAUGCAAACCUGCUUUGGUUCCUUAUGCUAACCACCCAGGGUGCCCUAUCUGAAAGCAGAGUACUGGAAAUAUUAGUACCAAUAAAUCGGAACAUACCCUUUUAUUGAAUUACAGCUUCUAUUUCUAUGGUUUAAAAUGGUUUAACAAUCAGUAUAAUAUAUUUUGUUGAGUUCCUUUUCUGUAUAAAAGGAUUGAGAAAACGAAUCAAUUAAGCCAUCUACUCCUCAUUCAAAUUCCAUCAUUUGUGUGUACUUCUGUAUAAAACAAUUAUAGAGAUCUAAUGUUAACAUAAAUACAACCUUCUUAUAAAUGAUGCAUGACAACUAGCACAGUAUUUAAGUAAAAGCAUGCAAAAGCAGAACUCGUACAAUAUGUGGAUUAUCACUCGUUUUCUAGAAACACAGCCAGGCUACAGAAUUAUUUUUAAAAUGUGGUGUGAAUGAAUUUAUUUUACCUAACGCAAUAGAGGGGGAUUGUAAAAAAAAAUAUCAGAGAGAAUGGUCGUAACAACAUACAUUUAUUUUCAAUAAAAAGUAAUAAUUUUUUAAAACAAAAAAAAAGCAACAAAGCAUGUUUGAUCCAUUAAAAUAUAUACUCGGUGAAAGCAGGGAGGGGUGGGAUAAGAUAUGGCAGUAAGUUUCAUCAGUGUCUUGUAUAAUUAAUAUUGGCAAAACUGGUGGCAUUUUUACUAUGUUCAGAUAGCCACAACAUUGCAGCUUCAAUGUUCUGUGUGGUGUUGAAGCCUCUACUGUUGAAGCAAAUUUUAGAAGCCAUAUUAGAUCACGGGCUGCCAGGAUCCUGAAACGGGGAUUGGCUAACAAGUGAUCCUUGCUCUCCCUGCUUCCCUGUCCCUGCUUUCUUUGUCUGUCUUGCUGUCCAACUGUUAUUUUAACCACUUGGGUCACUGAUGAGUGAUAAGGCUGGCUUGAGGCUGAGGCCCUGCCUGGGGGUCUGACCUUGUUAGGCUAUGAAUGGCAUUGGUCUGAAGCCUUUUCUUAGCCUGUGUUUAGGGGCUCUGGUGGCAGACUUGGGACCUGGGACCUGGCAGGUCUCUCAGUGCCUAUAACCUAUUUUGGCAGUUCCUCUUGGCAAGAAUUAUUAUGAUAGCAGUGGCUAUACCUGGGAGGCUGACCACCAUUUGAAUUUCUCACGGGGUUGCUCUGGCAUGUUGGGGGAAGUUUAAAUGCUGGACACUUUUCCAGAAUAGAAAAGUAAUAACUGACAUAGGAGCCCUUUCCUUUUAGCUUGAAAAAAAAUAGAGCUAUUUGGCAAAUACUAGCAGUUUGAUUGUCACUUUAUGACUGGCAACAGAGUAUAAAACACAUGCUUUCAAAAUUAUUUGGAAGAAAUACUUCCAAUCUCACACCACUGCUGCAAUUCUCUUACUAAGCAGCCUCCUCUUUUUCAUGUCUCUGUUGGAAUACUGAGACAAAGAUAAUACUGCUUUAAGGUAUCAGUUCAUUAUAGUGAACUGUAAACAAAUUAUUUUCAAAGUUUCACAGCCUUUCUGCCUAAAAUAGUGACUGCCUUUUCCAGUAAGAUGCAAAACCAUAAUUUUUAGUGGUUAAGAGACAAACAACUGAUGCAGCCAUGUUCUGUGUACAUGGACUUUGCACUUUAGUGCAAAUGAUUAUGUAUUGCACUGCUUCAAAUUGAGGAAAGAUUGGUUAGCAGGUCAAGAAUUAAAUGAUGAAGGUAGCACUUUUUAAGCUAGAAUUUUCAGAAUGGCUACCUAGCAUAAUUUAACUAAAAUCAUUUCUGUGUUUAAAGGACUGUGUGGCAAAGAGGCCUCUACUUCCUGUGAUUUUAUAACUGGUUGUUUAUGGAUAAGAGGACCAAGGACUCAAUCCUGAGAAAAACAGGCUAGGGUUAAAAGUGGUGCAGUAUUAAUAAAGUCCCCGAAGAUCCUCAAGGCAGUUUUGAUUAAGACAGCAUAUUUGGUCAACAGGGACUGCUGACCUACUCCUCGUAUGCUACUUGAACUAUAGAAAUCUAAGCAGCGAUGGCAGCAGUGCAGAAGUAUUGUAAAUGGCUCAGGAAGAAAAAAUGCAGUGCUACCUGACAUUUCCCCCACUUGCUUGAAAAUGCCAGGUGCUUUUGUGCCCUUAGCACAGAGGUGGGUUCCUACUGGUUCCAAUAUACCGAACCGGUUAGAAGAGGUUCCACCAGUGGACCCGGAAAGCAGGUUCCAAAAUUUUUUGAAACCCACCACUGCCUUAGCACUAUAUUUAUGAACAGAGAUCAGCAUAUCUUUAUUUGACCACCUAAUAGCAUUUGAGGCUGUUAUUAAAGGCAUAACUGCAGAGGGAGAUGAUGGCACCCCAACUUCCAAAUAGAGCAGCUGUAUGAAGAGAUAAUCAUGAUGACCCACCACAGGCUAGGUUACAAAAGACUUCAGACAUCUGAUACUCAGGUGUAGGGUGGGGCCUCAGCUCCUUCCCAUUCCAGCCAUAUUUCCUCUGUGAUGUAGAAGCUUCCCAAACUGACUAAAUUUACUGGAGUCUUCAUCUCCAGUUAUCUUCCCACUUCAGGUGCAAUGUGAUUCAACUCCCCUAAGCCUGCAGGAAGCUGCUUUUAAUGGUCCCUUCCCUAUCCUCAUGUGGACUGUUUCUGUCUUUAUUGUCAACCUGUUAUUUUGUAAUGAUAUGCGUCUCCUUAUUAAAGAAAUUAGCUG